GCAUUCACGCAGGACAGCGCGGUCUUAGCAUUCUUACAAUGGCGGCGGAGAGCGAAAAGAAGCCUUCGAAGAAGGAAGAAAUUAAACGUCAAGCCCAAGAACAGAAUAUAAUAGAUGGGUUCAAUCAACUACGGCAGGAACAACGCUCACUUACAGCAAAACUUAUUGAGCUCGAAAUGGAUCUCAACGAACACACUCUUGUUGCAGAUGCGCUCCAGAAGGUCGACGGUGACAGGAGGUGCUACAGGAUGAUUGGUGAUGUCUUAGUAGAGAGGACCGUGAAAGAAAUUCUACCGGCUGUUGUAUCAAACAAAGAAAAGAUGGCAAAGGCAGUUGAAGGCCUCAACCAAAAAAUUGUAGCGAAAGGACAAGAACUCAAUGAGUACAGAGAGAAGCAUAACAUCCAAAUCAAGGACGGGCCCAGCGGUCCCACGAGACCCCAGCCAACUGAGAAGUCCGGUUCUAAACCUGCAACUGGAGUGUUGGUUUGAACCUCGUGAACUUCAGGGCAUUCUGUUUCAUACCACAUUAUUUCGCUGUGAACUCUUAACGAAAAAAAAAAAGAACGUUUUGCAAAGAGUGUACUGAGACAUUGUUCUGGUAUAAUGUACCGACACCACUUUGCGUGCAGGUGCGUGCUAUGGAUGUUUCCAAAUUCUUUUCAUCCCUUUAGCUAACUUAUUAUGUUCGGCGAAAACAGUGUCCCAGUAAAAACGUGGGUGCUUUUGGUUUUGUA